AAGGCUUAAGCGUAAACUUUGUAAUGAAGAAAAAAGGUAUGUCAAUACAUCUAGUAGCUUGCUGUUGCCUUUUUUUGGCGUAUUUUUGAAGUUGCUUCCGACCAGAUGAUCGUAUUUGUAUUACCGAAUGAACACGGGAACGGGAAGAUUAUUGCCCAUGCCGUUGAUGCAUUCCACAUUUCUUUUUAUUAUAUGUUUCCUUCGUUUUUAUUUUAUAGGCUAAAUAAGCAACUGGUAGAAUCAUCAGGAGUAACUGGAAGCAAUUGCCUCUCGUUAAUUUUUUAUUGCUCAAAGCAAACUUCGUGCAAGGGGCAUUCAAGGUAUACGCGUUUCAUAUAGACAAGUUUGUGAGCUAGUGAGCUCCUGUUUAUAGAUAAUACAAGUAGUGGGUGGCUAGUUUUUUUGUUAUAUUGAAGCCAGUUUUAGAUACAUUAUCAGAGUCUCCUUGGUUUUAGUUAUAACUUAGUUGUAUGAUGGAUUGCUCUAUACGUGUGAAAAUUAAAAUUGGAGAAUAUUUUGACUAUCAAGUUGUGUCAUUUUUCCUUCCAGAUAAUGGUUAUCGUAUUUAUUCUGGAAGUUAAGAGAUACAAGAAUAGUCAUAGGACAUAGGUAUGCUUGGAAAAAAUACGCAGUACACGCCUAUAAGAUUUGUCUGCGGUUUGCGCCCGAAUUUAGACUAUAUGGCUCUACCGGUAUUUUCCCCUGAUGGUGAUCUGUUUUACUUUCCCGGCCCUUCUUGCAGCGUUUCUGUGGGUAUUUCCAGAGUCUGCCUCUCACACAGUCUGAACUUGUAAUUAGUCAAUUUUCCACAGGAGAAGUACUCUUUCUAGCAUUUGUGGCGGCCCCGCGUUUGCCCUCUCUAAAGUGAUUGUUUGCUUGCCCCCUUUCCUUCGCGCUACUUCUUCUUAUCCGUGCCGCUUGUUCGUCCUCAGUCUACGGGGCCCCGCUAGGUAAGAGGCCUGCUGCUUUCGACAGCAGCGAACCAUUCGCUUCGGUGGAGCGGCACCAGUCGUGUUCAGGGUAGCAUCGGAUCGGCUCCAUGCUAAUGUCACCCUCGCUUCGCGAUCGGCACCGCCCUUUCUCUUCUUUAUGAAUGACUCACUCUUCUCAUAGUUACACUACUGCGCCCUAACUAUACAGUCGAUCUCCACUAAACUGAUACGGAGACAGGCGCCGAACAGAAAUUAUUCAUACCAAUAUGCAUAGGCAUUCACACCCAUUCUAACUGUGUACGACGUCUGCAAGCUGGCUUUCUGUACGCUGAGCCGUCCUAGCCAGCCAUUUGCGUCUCGGAAAGGCAAGCAGGCACCAAAUGCCUAGCUUGAGCCCGUGUCUAAUACAGAAACCCAUAGGACAGAACGGUUGCAAUAUGGCUGCACAGCUACAACGCAGUGUAUUGUAGUGAAGUGCUCAUGUAGAUCUUUCAUUGUUGAGCUGCUGCCGGUCGAAGCAGUAACCUCUCCACCGGUUACUGCGCUUCGAUUGCAUAGAGGCCACGAAUACUGUGAGCCAUCAUUCAGCUGCAAACAAGCAAGAAACAAUAAUGGAAGCAACAUAUCGUGGCGAUACAGUGCAGUAGACGUUGUUGUGUACGACGGAAGUGGCAGUAGAGGAGAAGGGAUUUACUUCUUGUGUGUUUAUCUAUUAUGCUCAUUACUAUUACUGAACAGGGUGUAUGCUUAGUAUGAGUGUAAAUCUUUGUAUAUUGAUGUACGCGUAUGUGUAUUCUCUAAAGUGAGGUUUUCCGCGCGGAACAACGGGGAUUUAGGCCGCCGCGUGUAGCCAUGGAACGAUGGCGAGCUAACAUCAAAACAAAUCCACAGACAUUUUCGGAUUAAAAAGGCGGACAGGAAACACGGACAUUAGGAGAAGAUAGUACAUUUGACCGGCAGCGCUCAGCAGACAGGGCAUAGACUUCAGCUAGCCUCGUAUUAAGCUGAACUUAAACCGUACGCGAUGGGGUCGCCCAUCGCCGCCUUUGCUACGCUCGUAGGCCUGUGCGUGGCAGCGGGGGCGGCCGCAAAGGCACCCCAGCUUGCACGGCUAGUUAUUCCAGAAGACCUCGUCAAAGGAACAGAGUAUCGGCUUACAUGCAGUGUCGCCAUCGGCGAUUCGCCACUUGCUUUCGAAUGGCAAAAAAACGGUGUGCGCUUAUUCUCGUCAGCCAUGACGGUCAUCACACAAGCUGAGCAUACAUCCACAUUGACGUUUAAAUCACUUUCAGAAGAUGAUGUCGGUGAAUACCGCUGUGAAGCGAUAAAUUUAGCAGGUAAAGCCUCAGUGAAGGCGCACCUUCGAGUGAAUGUCGCACCGUUUUGGAUGCAAGAGCCAUUCGAUAUGGAUGUCGAAGAGGGCCAAAUACUAAAGAUUCCCUGCCAUGCCGGGGGAUCGCCGGCGCCGACGUAUCGAUGGUCAAAAGGCAAUCAGCUAUUAAUUAGAAGCCGCUAUGACAUCACUGUAGAUGGAGCACUCAUAGUGAACGCUGCUAAAAAAAUUGACGCAGGUGUAUUUUCAUGCGAGGCAUCAAACUCAAUCGGGUCUGCACUGGUUAAACAGGCAACAAUUAGGGUAUUUGUGCGGCCGCGCGUCAAGCUUCCGCAAACGCUUGUGCAGGUUGAACGGGGUGGCACCGUCAAUAUGUCGUGCUCGGCUGCUGGCGAUUAUCCGAUCAUCGUUGAGUGGCGCCAUGACGGCCAAACCAUGCCGGAAAGUUCUUCGGAUAAAAUUCUACUAGGCGAUAAGGAGCAAGAGCAACUCUUUUCGAAUUUCAUUAUUCGAGAUGCUGGUGCUCAGCAUGCUGGUCGAUACAUGUGCGUUGCGAAGAAUUCAUUCGGCGAAGAUCAGGCCGAAGCACGCUUAGUGGUGCGCGAACCGCCUGAAGUACCGGAAGGUAUUGAAGUGUCUGGAAUCUGGAGUCGUAGUGCGCGCGUGACCUGGACCACUCCUAAGCGAGUUGUGGUCACUGGGUAUAACGUGUGUUUCUGGUCGCACAGAGAUAUAACAAAGUUCAAUAUAAGCGUGGCCGGUUCAUCCACUACAGUCCAGAUUCCAAAGCUUCACCCAGCGACUGAAUACAAACUUUACAUUAUCGCUUACAACGAUGUUGGCCCUUCGGAACAGUCACGUACCGUUACAGUACGUACGAAAGAUGAACAACCUUCUGCAGCCCCUUCAAAUGUUCAGGUCAUCUCGACAGGACCUAAUCACGCCGUCAUAUCCUGGAUACCUCCCCCAGAGUCUGAAUGGAAUUCUGAGCAACUGACCGGUUACUUCGUCGGUUAUAAGGCAGCUAGUCAAGACUCGAAUCGGCCAUACUCUUUCCAUACGGUGGGUCCUGAUCAGAGCACAUACACACUACGAGGGCUCAUGAAAUACACGCUUUACGGCGUCGUUGUCAAAGCUGUUAAUGGUAUCGGGUAUUCACCACCAAGUUUGGAGACGUCGUUCUAUACCGAGGAUGGCGACUAUAUGCCACCACCUCAGCUGCAUCUAAAAACUCUUGAUGGUCAAUCGGCCACCCUGCGCUGGUCUUCACCCUCGACUAAAGUAACUGGUUACACUAUCUAUAGUCGACAAGGCGAGCAGAGCGUGUGGAAGGAAACAUAUAUAGAUCAUCCAGGCCAAAGUACGUACCAGUUAACUGGAUUGAACUUGAACGAAUACUACCAGAUAUAUAUGGUGGCUCACACGAAUCUCGGUAAGACCGAACCGUCGGAUGUGCUGUCGAUCCGAGUGCCCGAUCCCAGCAAAAGUCCCCAAACGACUGAUGACGUAAGCAUCAAUGCUGCCGAAGCAGAGGUUAUGUAUACGGUAGUACCGUUGGUUUGCCUUCUCUUGGUAAUCGUGGCAGUUUUAUCGGGUACUGGGGUCUAUAUGUAUGCGAAAAAGAAGGGAACAGACCCUCCACCGCCCGUGAACGCAGAUUAUGAUUUCUGUUUUACCAACAUUCCGGGUGGGCAACAGGUCCUGCCUGGUAUGACCAUGAAGAUGAACCCGUACAAUGCAUACCAAAUGAACCCAUACGCCACAUACUCACGCCAAACUUCGCGCAAAAAGAGUGUCAAUUCUACGCCGUAUUCAACUAUUCCCCGUUCAGAAAAAAGUUCGGAAAAUGCGUACGCUAUCUAUGAGAGCAUACAAGAUCUUCGGUCGCUUAAACGGCGACAAAGUCUCAGUCGGCAGUUUGGCCCAACAAUGCACAAGGUUGACAUUUGUGAUAUAUAGUCUCCCCCGCCGCUGCCUCCCAGAUGUAACUGAACCACAGGCAGCUGUUGCAACCAUCGGACUCGGAGAGUUCGCACUGUCGCCAGUGAAUUAGCAUAUUAGAGUAGCCGAUUACUACAAUAGGCCUAUUUGAUUAGCUAGUAGCAAGCUAGCGAUUUAUUCGAAAACGAAAUGAAACGGCCAGAUAUCGGUUACCCAGCACAGGGCGGAGUAAGGAGUUAGAGAUGACAUGCAAUGGACUGAUAUACGGUAAGGAAAUAAGAAAACCCGGAAAAAAUACGUUAAAAUAAAGAAAAAAAAAGACAAGUGUAACUGUCACACUCGAAAGAAAAUAAGUAUUAUUAGAGAUAAGAGUUUCGCAGGUAAGUUUUCGUUCUCAGUGAAAGCGGAAAGCAGGGAUGAAAAACGGGUAACACAGGUGAACAAAACGAAGGAUGCGUCACUUCGUCGUGCCCGCAGAUUUUCCUUCUACUGGUACCUCAAUCAAUCAUUCUGAAUCGCAUUCACCGGUCAGUAAUUGGAAAAGUUCAAAUAACCAAACAGGAACUAAGAAGCAAAAGGAGAAAGGGAAUGAAUAUGAUUAGGUUAUCAUAGAAAAGGUCUGAAUUUGACAGUAAUGUAGUAGAAGAAGCAAUGUUGAUUUACGAUUGCGGUAAAAUGGUCAAAAACUGAUAAGCGGAUGGUGCUGCAAAAACAUCAAAGCGGAACGAACAAUAAGAACGGCGAAGUAGAUGUACAGUCUGUUCUGUAAGAGUGUAUUAUGUAGCAUUGUACAGUAAUGAAAGACACAAUAUGAGCAGAACUCGCUGAGAGAUACAUGUACAUAUUGCGGAAAUAUCGAAUUAGGGAAACGACAAAUGGAGAGGACUUUAUGGUCGGUAUGGGGCCGGGGAGAUGACGGAAGGAAUAUAAAGUGUGAAAAAUGUAGAGAGAAAAGCCGUUGAGAAUGUUAUUCCUAUUUACAUAUACAGCACAAUGUGUGUGAAAGACGAAAAUUGAAUAUUGAGAUGACGCAUGGUUAAGCGAUUGGUGGAUGGAUUUUGUAACAAUUUUACUGUGAAUGUUGCUAGUAGAGCAUUAAUUCCAAUUAAUUACUGAAAUACUUACUCGAAUUAUAGAUGCGGCUAAUUAAUAACAGUGAAAUGCUAUUAUCGUAUAGCGGCAAUCUUUGACGUGAGCCGUUUAACAUCUGUCCAAUCUGUCUCUCGGGAACAAAAAUCUAGUCAGUGGUUCUCAAUGCAUUAAUUGAUAUAAUGCGCAAAAUAAACGAGGAAGAAGAUUAACGUACAUUUGGUCUGUUUACGUUAAAAGUCAUAUAUACUAAGGAGGGGAAACAAGAUAAACGUGUACCAAAUAUGACAGAUAUAAAACAGAGAAGAGAUCACGAUUCACUUCACAGAAGUUGUGUGAUAUAUAAUAAUUGUAUGGGUAUUUAAGAAACCAGUUAGGAAAUCCACAUAUUUAAUUUCGUUGCUUAAGGAAAAAUGACGAUGUUUAAGAAAAGCCUCGUAUGAAAAGAAAAAGUACCAUAUGAAACGAUCUAUGGAUCUGCCUAGGAUAUGAUAGCGAAAGAUAUAUGAGGAGAAAAUGAGAUACGGAAUUCAUAAUAAUGCCAAAUCUAUGGUUGCUGGCACACCUUAACUAUUUAGUAUGUUUUACCAGAUGUUUUUACUAUCUCUGUGCAUUUUGAUCAGCGCGUGGCUGCCAUUGAAAAGAUCCUAUGUAAAGAUCCUAUAUAUAUAUAUAUAUAUAUAUAUAUAUAUAUAUAUAUAUGACACACGUAAAUACAAAUUUUUUUUACAAACACAGCGAUAUACAACACGGAGACGUAAAUAUCUCAUGACUACGAUAAUUCAACGUCUUCUGCCCAAAAGUUGAUACCAAAUAAAGGUGAGCGUAGUAAAUACAACAUAACCUUAAACGAGAUUAAUAAGCUGUAUUUAUUUACUGAGAUACUGAAGUAGACAAGUAAAGGUAUAGUAAAAAAACAGACACGCAACAGAUGCAGGGAAGACGGCAAUAACAUCAGCGGAUAAUCUUUAUGAACAGAAUGUGGAAGGAAAUAGCAUAAAGUGACAUGAUUCUUUAAGCCUUUUCUUGUAUUAUGCGUUUUGUACUUUAAUAACACCCUUCCUAAGGGAUUCAUAUCUAACAAUACAUUUCCAUCGAAUAAAAAUUUAUUUCAUGAUGAUUAACAUGUGUAAAUACGCAUGGCGUCUUUUUUUGGAGGGUAUUUUAUUGUACAACAUUCGUUUAUACGUAAGUGUAGCACUUCCGCUGGUAGCAGUGGAACUUGUUGUCUUCUUUAUUCAAUUAAAAUCAUACACUGGGGGUUUAUAUACUUGCAGCUCAGAUCUCCAAUAGGCCCAUAAGUAAUUCUUGAAUUGGCUGCAGACGAGGUUGGGUCUAAAUGUGGCGAGUAAUACGUUACGCAAUCGACACAAAAGUAGAUUUCAAAACAGUGUGUUUAUCUCUGUGUAACGUCGUUGGUUGGUGAACAGCUAUAGAGACGGAAUAGCUCCAUUGACAGAUUUGAUUUAUUAUUUCUGAUUACCAAAACUAUAAACUUAGUUCGGAACAAUUCCACUUCACAGUUAAACUAUGUUAUCGUUUUUUUUAAAAAAGCCUACAGAUGUCUUAGGCGUGUCCUUUCGGGGGCACUGUCUCCCGUAUGAAUAUACCCACAAGCAAGCAAUUUCCGACAGUGACUCAUAAUAUUGGUCGGUCAUUACGUAAUGCGGCAAGCUACAGAAUAUCUUAAUGGCCGGUCUACUUAGCCAGCCGUCUUGUCCUGAUCUGUUCAAGGGCUGUGGCGUCUACAUUCAGGCCGCCUGGGCGCUUAGCGGGUUUUUGGAACUCUCCGCCUCAGUGGCUUUGCGGUGCCUAGUAUCAUUUGAUGAGGUUUCUGCCGCUGGGGGGUUAAUCAGCUUUUGCCUUAAAAAAAAUCAUUGGGCGACUCUGCUUUUGGGCGUUCCAAAUUAAUAAUUUCAAAGGAUAUUAAUAAUGUUUCUAUACACCUGCAUUUGGCGUCCUUUUGUUAUUAUCUGCGCCAACACUGCUCGUUCUGAUAUCUCGUAAUAACACCACGAUUUAAUUCAAUUAAUUUGUAAUCUACUAUAAACAUAUAAACUUUCCCGAUCAUAUUGUUAUGUAAUUAACGCUGAUUAACAUUUCUGUUACCUUUACUAGACUAUUUAUCGGCUAGGUUCAUAAAUGAUGUAAAAGAUGAAGCAUGUUGAUUUCCAAGGUUGCCCUGGCUUAUAGGGCUUUUCCAGCUGAAAGACAACUACAAUACUGACUGGCGAUGUAGGUAAUAGUAUAGUUGUCGAGAGAGAUCUUGUUUUAGGUCGUUAAUUUAAUGUUAUUGGUGGCGUUAGGAUUAGCAUGAGGACGUACACAGUGCAUUUCUCUAGCCUAAGGAGAUUAGUCUCAAUUUAAUUAUUCAAAAAGAAAUAUAGAAGAAAGUGAACCCAAACGUUUGAUGAUUUAAUGCCAAUUUUGUCUAUAUAAAUUAGCUAAAGCCUUUCGCAAACACAUGAAAGGGAUCAGAUGUACGUUACAGUACACUUCAGUAUAAAACACAUUGUUGUUAGAAAAUUCAUAACUAAGUUAAUAACUCUUCUUUUAUAGCUAAGACCUAUGCGAAAGCGUCAAUAGAAUAGAUGACGCGGAUGAAAAUGGAAGCAAAAUACCAUUAUCUUAAAUAUAACCAAACAAAAUCUUGUCAUCCGCUAGUUUUCUUCAAGGAAGCCAAGCAGAAAGCAAACAUGUCUUUCUCGAGCGUUGCGUUGCUUUUUGCGUUCCUUCUCUAUCUCUGCAGAUUUUAAUGUGUUAGCAAGUGUCUAUUCAGAUAAGCUGCGCCAUCAUUAUUUACCGUCAGUAAAGGCUUGAAGAUUUGCCUUCAUUGAAUAUUCUUGUCCUUUAGUGCAGGUCAUAUAGCACACGCAACGAUAGCUGCUUUUAUUAUAUAUAGCGUUUACAACCACCUUUUCCAGAGCAACUGAAACAACUAACUCGAGGGUUUAGGGUUUGCCGUUCUCUAGUGUCGAACUGGCAUCUUUUAUCUAUCUUUUAUAUAUCUUAUUUCGCAUUUCUUUUACGGCCUUUUUCAAUUAAAAAUGCAAUCAAGUAAUUUUUAUGAUGGACCUAAUAUUUAUUUUAAUACGUAAAGCAUAUCCGAUUUUUUCAGGAUGAAAAAGAGCAAAGAGUCACAAGACAAAAUCAACACAUUUUCUAAUCCGACAGAAAAGUAAUAAUAAAUAGCUUUAAAUCGUGCGAGGAUCUGCGCGGACAACAGGGAUUUUGAAAUGAGAUUAAAGGAGCAAGUGCAUCAACAUCAGCCAACUUUGCUGGAAUGGGAUCUGGAAGGGGUAAUCGGCAGAACGCAAGCAGUAAAGCUUUGGUGAACCGAUUUACGGUAUGUAAGUCGUCGACGUUGUUGUGUAUGAUAAAAGGGAUGGUUGGGAAGAAGAAACAGGUCCAAUGUGUUCGAAUUUAUAAUCAAAAUAAUAUAUUUGCUAUGUGAGUGUGAAUUCAUUAACCCCGAGGCGUGAAGAGAAUGGCGGCCGGAUGCACAUACUAAGAGGGGAUUUCGCUUAGUAUGCUUCGUGACUCUUACAGCGCCUACGCGUGACAGCGGGACCGACAGUGCGUUGUGCUAUUGCUAACGUGUCCACGCACACGUUAGCACCGUAUCAUCGAUUGUAGCAUGCGGGGAGGUAAAGCGCGGAAUCCUAAACUUCUUUAGCCAAAAAUUUAACUGCCAAGUUACGUUGACAACAGAAGUUAUAUAAUUAUAAUUAAUAGUUAUUUUGAAUAUAGAACCUCCUGUUUAAGAUUUAGGCUGGAACCAAAUUGUCUAUUAUUGUAGGUAUAGUUCCUGAAAGAUUGACGUCAAUUUCGUACGGGCCACCAGUUUCGUAGAUCACCACCCCAUCCGUACACUUUGUGUUUCUUGUUUUUACAUUGGAAACGUUUACAAAAUUAAAAAAAAAAGAUAAUUCAUCUCCCCAGAUAUUAUAUCGUCUUUAGAUGAUAAGGAGGUCGUCGUUUUACCCAUCCCUGAACGGUCUUCUAAGUAACAUUACAUCACAUGUGGGGCAUAAUAGUCAACACUGUUUUCACUAGUAUAUUCUUAGAACUGGAUACAUUAGAGAUAAGGCUGUCAGUUAUGCCAAGUCGAAGUUGCACUACCAUAAAUCUAUACUCCUCUAGUUUGUAGCGUCAAAUGAUGUGAGUGUAUAUAUGCAGUUAUAGACGACGUUUUUGAAAAAGUGUGCACAAAUGCAGCCCGCACCACAUCAGUUGCGCCCACUUCCGAGUCUUCAGCUCGAUGUACAGAGUCUGGGGCUGCUUGUGAGAUAGCAGCAAUAUUUCUUACCACUGCUCUCUAUUUCCUGUGCGCUAGCGACGGAUCAGGCCAAUACGACAAGCCCUAAUCAUGUCUUAAGUACCUUUAGUCAAGUCCAUUCAGGAAUUCAAGGAAUUCAGAGGGAUUUAUUGGCAAUUUUGUUUACUAUAAAGUCGUUUGCCUAAAUUCGAACCGGUGCUACGCCUUUCACACAAUCGGUUCUGACAAAAGCACGUGCACGUUUCGGGGUCUUCCCAUGCACACGCUUUACAGUCUAGUUGUCCGAGUCCUGGAUGGUGUCGUUUUUAACGACGAAGAUGGAGACUACAUUAACGCCACUGUAAUUACGUACGCAAUUUGAACUUGUCCUUAUUCUUCCCCAAUACAACGAGGUAUUCUAUCUGCCCAACCUACAAAUCGAGCAGAAUAAAUAGAAAGAAAUAGUUAUUGACAGUUAAGCCCAAGGUACGCAGCAGCUAAUUGGACUGUGUUUGCAAAAACAGCACGGAGGCCCACGCAACUCUGAGCAAAACGAAAUUAUCAGAUGUGUUAUCUAUCUAUACCAAAAUACCGUAUAUGAACAAAGCCCAAGUUGUGUUCACAUUCUUAUCAUUCGUGUACCUUCCGUCAGUCUCGGUGGCAAUCAGAUUUCUAGCAGUAUAUCUGGGCCAAUAAGAAAUCAGUCGCCAUUCGAGAAAGACCACAAUUUUGAUCGAUACGAAGCAAUAUGAAUUAUGUCAGACAUUAUCAAUAGAAUAAACUGUACGCCAAUGUAUCGAGAACAAGGCUUUAAUAGCAGAUAGAUGCUAAUUUAAUUUUUCUGCUUAUGGGUUUGCAGUUUAAGCUGUAGGGUUUCUUGGUAACACGCACAUACGUACACAACUACGUCGGAGUUGUUUAAACAAAAUAUUUUAGUUUAAAACAUGUAAAAGUGUAAGUGGAGUUGAUAUUUCUGAUCGACAGUAAAGAGCUUUGUCUCAAAAAGAAAAACGAACACCGCAAAUAACUGUUUUGAUAAAAACUAAAUUAGCAUGGUGCCACUGAAUUUUUGUUGUAUACCAAACCAGCGUACUAAAAUUAGCUAAUUUACUGUGUGCACAUACAAUAGGAAGACUGUAACAACAAAAGUUGGAGCCAUAAUGCAAAAAAUCAUCAGUACUCAGCUUAGAGCUGUUCAGCCAAAUUACCAACUGGUGGUAAGCAGAAAUCCGAUCGUCGCUUGUAUAGGCUCAAAACAGACAAUGAACACAAAGAUAAAGAAAAAAAAAUCGUAGCGGUAAUAAGCUAUUGUCACUCAUCCCCGACAAAGUGGCUAUCAUUUCGGUGAACUAGAUUAAUUCAUUUUAUUUCAACGUAAAACCUUAUCAAAAGCUCACCAAUAUUUCUCAGUGUUAUCUUUUCUUCACACUAAGUAACAAACACACCGAUUCUAAUAACUCGCAAAAUUGUCGUCCGUUCUUCAAAAGAAUCACUUUUUCGAAGUACAGGUUAUUACAUUUUGUAAGGUUUUUUAAUUGCAUUUAUUUUUCAAGUUAUUCCAAGAUCAUUUAUUUAGAAUACUAUACGGUUCCUCUGGCUUCAAAACCUAAAUAUGAGGUGUUAUUCCACCGAUUCCAAAUUAUGAAUAAAUCUGUAUUGGAAAGAAGUGCAAACUAUUUAAAAAAAAAA